CUAACAACAAAAAUUGUUUCCACCUACGCGUUUAGUGAGCAAGCAGAACAAAAUGGGUCAAGGGCAGAGUGCUAACAAGGACGCCAUCGCCCAAAUGGCAAAGGCGAAAGUUGCUUAUGCUCCACCGCUUGGUCCUACGAAUCCGGCUAAUCCGCUGGUGUACUUCGAUAUCAAGCUGGGCCGCUAUGGCGACGCAACUCCGCUGGGCCGCAUCGUCAUGGAGCUGAAGGCCGACGUGACGCCGAAGACCGCCGAGAACUUCCGCCAGCUGUGCCUGCGCGAGCCGGGCAAGGGCUUCAAGGACUCCCGCUUCCACCGCGUCAUUCCGAACUUCAUGUGCCAGGGCGGUGACUUCACUCGUGACAACGGCACCGGAGGCAUGAGCAUCUAUGGCUCGCGGUUCGAGGACGAGAACUUCAAGCUGUCGCACGCGGGCCCGGGUGUACUGUCCAUGGCGAAUGCGGGACCCAACACCAACGGCUCCCAGUUCUUCCUUUGCACUGCUCAGACACCCUGGCUGGACGGCAAGCACGUGGUUUUCGGCCAGGUUGUGGACGGCUUUGAGGUGGUCAAGGCGAUCGAGUCCUGCGGUAGCCGCAGCGGCGAGACCGCCUUUGACGUCAUGGUGGCGGAUUGCGGACAGCUGCCCGCAGGCGCAACCAAGGCGGCAGGUGCGACGUCCUGGCUGGCGGCCCGUGGAGGCGCUGCAGGCGCAACCGUACGGAGCUACAGCUCGUUGUCAAGCGCCGCCCCCGGAUCGUCUCGCUGCUUCGGGUCGAAGCUGAGCAGGCCCGUGGUCUGCCCUGUGAGGGCCCAGUCCGUGGCUGCGGCACCCGCAGCUGCCGCCAUGCGCAGUGUCGUGCGCAAGCAUGCGGCUCUGGUGAGGACCACCGUCCAUGCGGCCCGGGUGCUGGCGCUGUAAGCACCUAGCUGGAUUAGAUUCAGGGGCAAGAAGCAGCGGCUGCUGCGGGCGGAGGGGCUACAGCUGCGGCGACAACGGGUUGCUGUAAGCGGGAUCUCCCUGUCUGCUGGUCUGGCGGCAAGCAAGGCGGGUCCAACCCGCCCCGAUUGGAGGGAUCUCUAGUGCUGGCAGCGGGCAAGCCAACAAGCCGAGCGGCCCUGGGCCUGCCUGCUGCGUGCUUAGCCGGCCUGACAAGCUCUUGACAGAAGCACAUUUAAAAAUGCUUGCAGCAUGUUGAUUUCUGAAUGCACCUCGCUGGCACGUUUGGUCAUACAGUAGCAUGCCUGCAUUCUGUGAGUUGCUGUGGGGUAAUUCGCAAAUCAAUGUGACGUAACGUUGCAUGCUGGGGGGAUGGAUUCGUAGGGGCGCUUCAGCUCACUCCCGGGACCUGUGGCGGGCGCCGGGGGCGCCUGCAGUCACUGCACAGCCAUGGCAGGCAUCCAUGUCAAUUGCUGGGCGAGUUGGCUUCGAAGCAUUUCGGGUUGUGUACCAGUGGAUGGGCGGAGGAAGCUGAUGACGGCACACAUAUUUUCGGGGGAUUUUAUCUCGCGGCGAUAGAUAUCCAAAGCACCUACGUGUAAGAUAAACCAUUCCCGU